AUGACAACUACAUGUACGGACCCAGGAGACGUUCGUAAUUACACAAUACCAACCAUUCGCGCCGUAGCCAGCACCACAGCUACUUCACCAAUAGCGAACAACAUGGCCGACGCCAUUUAUACAAGCGUCGUGACCGACAAGAGCAGUAGCAUCGUCGAGUUGGCGAGGAAACAUCGAAACGAAGACGAGGCAGGGCGAAAUGCGGUAGCAGCGCAUGCCAGCCAGAACAGGACAAGAGUCGACCGACGCGAGCGCGCGCGUAUGGUGUGGCGCAAGUACCAGGAUCUUGUCAACAAGACGCCAAAUGACGAGACAAUUGACGUGUUGAAGAGUGUCGACCCGGACUUUGCCUAUCUUGAGCACUUGGGCUGGAAAGACCAAGCGGCGACAGAGGAAGGGGAGGACGACUGGUUACCCAGCUGGAGGAGCAACAAGUUCUUCUCCGGCUAUUUGAAGGGUACAUUUAGUGGAUGGCGAAAGGAAUGGGUCGAUGAGACACAGGCGGCCAAGAGACCAGUCGACGCAGCUGCCGGUGACGUCGACCAGAUUGGGAGGAUUGGGAGUCACACGGCUGCCGGUCAACGACGAGACGCUCCGGGUGGACGUGAAGACGAUGCGGGCGCCGCUGCUGGAAUAACGGCCGCACCGCAGGUGGCCAAGACAAAGAACCAAGGUUCCGCUUUACAGGAUAGUAGACAACAAUCGGGUCGGAGUGAAAGGGUUGUCGGCUUGGGGACUGAGAGGGAGACGGACGGGGUUAGCCAGGGCGACGACGAUGUAGACGACGAAACGCUGGAGGGGUUUUACCAGUGGUACACUCUGGUGUAUCGAGGGUUGUUUGUGGUGACGAUUGUUUUGUUCAACCAGAUCACCCACAUCUACUUUACCAUGUGGGUGGGUGGUGGACACCUAGGCUACCUAAGUGCUAAGCCUACUUCGUAG